CGAAUGCAACCAAUGCCAAAAUACGAGCAACUUCUUGCGUGCCUGGGCCCUGGCAUGGCUGGCGGGCGUCUACCUGACGUACCGACGGGGCUUGGUGGGAGGAGAAAGAGAUAGAAAGGCUCUUCAUGCAUCUGCAGGGCGUCUUUUUUUUGUUUUUUUGUUUCGUUUUUGUGUUCCCUCUGAAAAUCUUCUCUCCUUCAAACACCAAAAAUUGCAACCCGCGAUCUUUGUGAGCGCAGCUGUUAGCGGAGCUUUGAAGAUCUCCUGGGCGUGUGCAUCCCCGGCAGCCAAGAAAGCAACCCAACCCCAGCCAAUCGCUACACCUCCAAACCACGUUUGUUGUCGAACCCUUCCGGAACCAGAACUUCAACAACGGGUACCCGCGCAAUCUCCGCCGAAGAAAAGGGACAAAAACAAAGGAUUUCAAAAGACGGGCAACAAAGCCAAAGAAAGACAUUACACAAUGGCCCCCUUUCCAUUGAAUCUCGGGGUUCCCCACAUAGACGCCGCCGAACUCCUCUCCCACCUCAAGCAGCUCGCAGCGCCAUCGCCAGUGGCCCCCGCACCUACAGCUGCCCCAACCGCCGCCGCCGUUCUCGAAGACCGUCAAUACUAUGGCUCCGUGCCGCCCAGCUAUAUCUCGGCUCAGCACCCCACGGUAAUCUACACCCAAGGACCUGCCGUGACCGAUACCGUUACCACCACCGUCUUCCCUCCUGCCUCGGGCGUUUCCUCUGCAACCUCGUCCGCCACCGUCAUCCCAGUAGUCGGCGAGACGCACAAUCACGACGGCGGCCUGUCGGGUGGCGCCAUCGCCGGCAUCGUCAUCGGUGUCAUCGCCUUCCUCAUCCUCUUGGCCCUCCUCUUCUGGUGGCUUGGCGCCUGCGGCAGGAGGAGGCGUCGUGAUGAUCAUUACUACCAUGAAGACGUGAUCUCAUCAUCCGCCUCGUCCAGCUCUGGUGGUGGCGGCGGCGGCGGCGGUGCUGCUUAUAUCUCGCGCCAGACGAGGAGGACGGAACGUGUCUAUGGGAGCAGCGGCGCUGCGGCGGGAAUGAGAGGCGGCGGCAUGAGCGAGACGGAUAGUAGUGUGAGCAGUGUCAGCAUGUGCUCGUGUGGAUGCGGAGCGGUGGCGGGCGCGUGUAAGAGGGAACAGAGGCGCCAUUCUAGGCACAGGUCCGGUUCCAAGCACGUGCAUCACUAUCGGAAGGUGUCGAGACAUGAAUCGAGGCACAGGAGCGCGUCCAGGCACGAGGGUCGGGGGAGGAGUGUAGGGGCGAGCGAGAGUGAGAUGAGGGAGACGCCGAGGGUUUAUAGGUACACAAGCGAGAGGGAGAGCAGGUAGAAGCAUGGGUGGGUGCGUGGUGGUGAUGUGGUUACGAAUAGGUGACCAUGAAGCUUUGCGCUACCGUGCAAGACGUUAGUACGGGGAAAGCAACUUGGAUGGAUCAUGAUGGAUAAACUUUGAAGAAAUGACUGGGACGAUGGGGAUAUGGAUGGAAUUUGGAUAUAUCUGGGUAUGUAUGGGUUUAGCACGAUUUGAUGAUUCUCGAUGAAGACAAGAGAAGCAGCACUGGGAAAUGAGAGACGGAUUCUGAUGUAUGAGUUAGUUAAUCUGUGAAUACCAAGGCAAGGCAUUAGCA